AUGGUAAUCCACGCUGUUAGCGUAAUGCUAGAGGCUCUCAAUAGAGAUGCCCAACAUGCUACUAUCGCCAAGUUCAUUCAAAAUGAACUUGACGCUGAACUCGAAAAAGUAGCCUUGCUUCACCAACAAGGUUCUCAACAAGCAGAGUUGUUGAGAGAACAGGGUGCUCAACAGUUUGAACUGUUGAGACAGCAGCAGGCUGCUGCUGUUGGGUCGAUGCAUUCGCGUCGACCCGAGACUUUGAAGAUUGACAUCUCUAAGUAUAAGGGAGUCGAAGAGGACUCCCUCUUGAGAUGGUUCAUCGAAUUGGAUGACGCCAUAAGGGCGCGUCGCAUCGACGACGGGGAUACGCAAGUUGCAUUUUCCCAGUCAAAUCUGGCAGGGGAUGCCAAGACUUGGGCACUGGGGCUCAAGUUGCACGACUCAUAUGCGUUUGGGUCGUUGGGAGUCUUCAAGUCGCGCCUCAGACAAAUGUUUGAACCGCCUAGAGCUGAGUUCAGAGCUCGAACCGAACUCUUGAAGCUCAAGCAGGGUACGCGUGAUGUGCACGCUUACGCGCAACAUAUACGACAUCUCAUGAGUUGUAUAAGUUCCAAUCCGGUGGAUGAAUACACGUUGGUUUCGUCGUUCGUGCAGGGUCUUGCGGAUGGUCCCGUCAAGACUCACCUGUUCCGGCUUGAACUAGAUUCACCAGAACAACCAUUUCCAUUUCGGAACAGGAAGACUUCAGUCUGA